AAGAAAUACCAGUUAUCGGCAGUCCUCUCCUCCCGCUGACAGCACAGGGGACAUCUGCACUGAUCAUCAAUGCCACAUACCAGUGCACAUCAAUGCCACAUAUCAGUGUCUACCAGUGCACAUCAAUGCCACAUAUCAGUGUCUACCAGUGCACAUCAAUGCCACAUAUCAGUGAUCAUCAGUGCCACCAAUCAGUGCCAGUCAGUGCCGCCUAUCAGUGCUGCCUAUCAGUGCCCGUCAGUGCUGCCUAAUAGUUCUAAUCAGUGCCGCCUAACAAUUCCAAUCAGUGCUGCCUAUCAGUGCCAUUCAGUG